AUGAAGCAGCAGCACGGUGCCCGAGACUCGGACGUGCGACUGUGCCAGUGCCCGGAGCGCUCAGCGCGCCGGGCGGGCGGGUGCCCCAGGCAGAAGAGUGGCAGCGCGGUGCCACCCGCACGGGCGGAGAAGCCUCCUCUGGAGCAGCUCUACCAGCAGGGCCCACUUCUGGGCAGCGGCAGCUGCGGCAGCGUUUACUCCGGGACCCGGCUCGCCGACGGCGCCCUGAUGGCCAUCAAGCGAGUGUCCCGGGAGCGCAUCUCGGAGUGGGCGCGGCUGCGCAAGGGCGCCCUUGUGCCCCUGGAGCUGGCGCUGCUGUGGAUGGUGUCGCGGCCUGGCUUCCGCGGCGUCGUGCGGCUCCUGGACUGGUUCGAGGUGCCCGAGGGCUUCGCGCUGGUCAUGGAGCGUCUGCAGCGCUGUCAGGACCUCUGGUACUUCCUGCACGAGCAGCGCUUCCUGACGGAGCCCGUGGUGCAGGGACUGUUCCGCCAGGUGCUGGAGGCCGUGCGGCACUGCAGCAGCCGCGGCGUCCUGCACCGCGACAUCAAGGCCGAGAAUGUCCUCGUCGACCUGGCCACGGGCGAGGCCAAGCUCAUCGACUUCGGCUGCGGCACGAUCCUCCAGGACACAAUCUACACCCGGAUGUCAGGAACGCCGGAGUACAGCCCACCGGAGUGGAUCCUCUUUGGCUGCUACCAUGGCCAGCCAGCCACUAUCUGGUCCCUGGGCAUCCUGCUCUAUGAGCUGGUCUGCGGGCACCUUCCUUUCCACACCAAUGGGGACAUCAUCCAGGGCCAGCUCAUCUUCCCGCCCCGGGUGUCUCAAGGUCUUGUUUUGAAUUGA